AUGCAAGGCAGAAAAUUUUCUGUUUUUCUAGUACAGCCGUCAAGCACACCCUGCUCCAGAGCAACCACCGCCCCGGUCAUCGGACCAGCCUACUGGUGUAGACCGACCGCUCAAGGCCUAAGGCUGGGGGCGGAAUUACGCAUCUCCCGUCUGUGGCGAGUCCGCGUAUGCGUUAUGAGCCACGGGCCCGGCCCGCUCGGCUUUGUAGCAUCAUGCACGAAUAAGAAAAAAGAAAUUGUGACUCAAUAUCCCAUAUUAAUUAAUCGUGCUCCUACUUUACAUCGCUUAAGUAUUCAAGGAUUUUAUCCGCACUUAACAUUAAGUAAAUCUUUGGAAUUGCAUCCGUUA